UAUUAAGAUGAGCUUAUCGUAUCGGCAUGAGAUACGAUAAGCUUGAUCAACCUUACGGGCCAAGCCUCUUGUUCGACAUUCCGGCUUGUGGCUUGUAUGCAUUCCCUUAUCUUCAUUCACUUAUCACAAGAAUCAUAAUCAAACACCAAUCAAAUUCAAGCGAUCAAAAAUGUGAUUUCUCCUUACCUUCCAACGGAAUCUGUUGAGUAAAACUCUCCUGGGUUGCAUUGUUCACUUUGUUCCUUAUCCAGGAACCAUUACUCCAAACCGUCACCUUGUAGCAAUCCUGUGCUUUUUAUAUAAAACAGUACCGUACUAUCAAGAUAGUCCAAAGCACAGCAUUACCCUCCAACAUCCAAUAUCUCCUUAGAGAUAUCUUAUAAAGAUGACUGACGCCGCACUCCCCCAAUACCAAUCUGGAGAAGAGAGAUCACAAGGAUCAUCUUCUCAUAAUGAUGAAAAAGUCAGUCCAUCCACAACGGAUGAGAUUCAAGUUGCACCUCCUGGACUCACGACCGGUGGUAUUGUAACGGAAGAACAAUACGUUUCCGAAGCACAACUUCAAGCACGUUCAGGUUCAUUACCUUUCCGAUGGCAAUCAUUAUGGGAACCAGCAGUGAUUAAUUCUGUAAAUGGAAAAAGUUUUACUUUUCCAAUCUUUCGUAUUUGGGAUCCUUACUCAAUCGCAUUUUGGUUGGCAACUUUAGGUUUCUUUUCUGCUUUCUUUUCUUGGUUUGCUUUUUCACCUUUGAUGCCUGAAGCUGUAAAAUCAGAUCUAAAACUUACUCAAGCACAAAUUACACAUUCUAACCUUGCAAGUUUGGGCGGUACGGCAAUCGUAAGAAUCUUUGCUGGAGCCGCAGUUGAUCGAUUCGGACCAAGAAAAGUUAUGGCUUUCUUGCUUUGUUUGGGUGCCAUUCCUUCUGCUCUCGUUCCUCUCGUGUCAAACAUUGGUCAUUUGGAAGCCGUUCGUUUCUUUAUUUCGAUUCUAGGUGGUACUUUCGUUCCCACACAAGCUUGGACAACGACUUUCUUUGAUAAAACAAUCGUCGGAACCGCCAAUGCAUUUUCAGGUGGUUGGGGUAACAUGGGUGGUGGUGUGACUGUGUUUGUGAUGAUCAACAUCUUUGAAGGCUUACGCAAAGCUGGUCUUACACCUCAUUUGGCUUGGAGAAUUUGUUUCUUGGUAUUGCCCGUUCCAUUAUUGUUCGUGGUUGCAGCUUUAAUGAUGCUGGUCGGUAAAGAUCAUCCCGCCGGUAAAUGGUCUCAGCGUCAUCUAUUGCCCGGAACAGCAAUCGCGGUAGCACAUGCCGUUAGUGAACCUCUUACACUUAAAAGUGCAGCGGCAAUCCUUUCCGAUUUACGUGUUUGGAUGUGCGCUUUAAGUUAUAUGAUGACUUUUGGAUUGGAAACAGCUUUGGAUGCCGCUUUGCCAGGUUUGAUUUUGACUUUAUUCCAAUCUCCUUCUUUCGGUCCCGUUGAUGCUGCUUAUGUUGCAUCUACUUGGGGAUUGUGCAAUUUGUAUGCUCGUCCAUUCGGCGGCAUUCUUUGUGACAUCCUUUACCGUCGUUUUCGUCAUAGGGGACUUGGUGUUCGUGCAAAAGUGAUCUUUUUAUUGGCCACCGGUAUCUCACAAGGUUUAUUACUUGUUGGUUUGGGUAUUUAUGUCGAUCACGGAAAAGCUUCUUUAGGAGGAGUGAUUGGAUUCAUCGUAGCAAUCGCAACCGUAGGUUUCGCUGCAAAUGGUGCUGCUUAUGCAGUUUACGGUCAUUUAAGACCUAAAAAUGUUGGUGUAGUUGCAGGUAUUAUCGGUAGCUGCGGUAAUGUUGGUGGUCUUUGGUUCACUUUAAUCUUCUUAUAUCAACCUGGAUCCAAAGCACUAAGAACUCUUGGUCGUAAAUUCUGGAUUUCAGGUAUCGUCAAUGCUGCUCUUUUGGUUCCUUUUGUGUUCUUACCAUUGGGUGAUGCCAACUAG